AUGCUUUUUGGACUUGGCGAUAAUAACUAUGACUAUGCUCCUCCACAUCAGGUUGACGAGAACGAUCUACUUGAUGAGCAGAUAGCAUCAUUAAAAGCAGAAAUCAAAGCAAUCGAGAAAGAAAUUCAAACAAAAGAAGCAGCCGCAUUAUUACAAGAAGAUGUCUCUAAAGAAAAGAAGCAAAGAGAACUUGCCGAUUUAGAAAAACAAGUUGCCAAUCUUACAAAGGCAGUUGAACAUGAAAAUUCAAGAGUUAAUCAUUAUCAAUCAGAAAUUAUACGCAGAGAAACAAAACAACCACCACCUCCUCAACCAGAUACAAAUGAUGAAACAGUCUCUCAGUUAAUGCAGCAAAGUGAGCAACUAACAGAAGAAUUAAAACAAAUUCAAUCAGAUUUAAUUGCAGAAGUUGGUGAAGAUUACGACGUUGAUGAGAUUAUCAAGACAGGUGGAUCAUCAAAGAAACGUGCAGAUGAAUUGCAAAGCUUACAAGCUCUUGUUUCAAAGAAUCAAAGUACAUAUGUCGAUGCCCGACGAUUAGACGAAAUCAACGAAGCAGGAAAGAAAAUCCGCAGUGGUGUUGAUACGCUUGUUUCGCAGAAACAGCAACUUACGAAAGAUAUUUCUUCUUUGAAAGAAAAAGUAAGCAAAUACCAGAAGAAAGCGAACGCAUUAGAAGAACAGAACAGAGCACUUAAGACAAUGGACGUUUUAUUAACAGAAAAGAUCCAAAACGACCAAGAAUUACUUUCACAUUUAGAAGAAAUCGACAACCAACGCGUUCAUGAACUUCCUGAACCAGAAGUUACUCCUGUUUCCUAUGAUUUCAUCUCACAACUUCAUACUCAGCUUCAGAUUGUUCGUGGUUUAUGUUGGAAGCUUUGUCUUGCGCAGAAAGAAGUUUCUAAUUACCAAGUACCAGAACAAUUCUCAUUUUUGGCCGACCAACUUUCUCAAAUUAACAAAAGAUGCAUUCAGCUUGAGAACGCAUUCAUUGCUAGAGAAGAUGAGGCCACUGAACAGAUAGUUAAGUAUCUUGAACAAUUAGAAGAAGAAUAA